AUGCACGGACUGGUAUUUGAAAUAUUUGAAGACUGGGUCAUUGAAUCACAUGGCCUCAAGGUUUGGCAUUCUAUCAAGGAGAAAGCUGACUGUGAUGUCAAGGAUAAGUCUUUUGUUACCAAAACAUUCUACAACUACGAUACAUGGAUCGAGCUCGUCACCGCAGCAUCAGAAGAACUUUCUGUCUCCUUUGACAGUAUCCUCGAAUCGUAUGGCAAAUACAGCAUCAGGUAUCACUUCUCUCAUGGACACGAAGCCCUUCUCAGGUGUCAAGGUUCUACACUCCGACAGUGGUUAUCCAACCUGAAUGCCAUGCACGAUCACGUGCAGAAGAGUUUCCCUGGAGAGAACUUUUGUUCGCCAGUCUUUUGGUGCGAAGACUGUGACACAGUUGAAGGAUCAAUCUUGCUUCACUACUUCAGUCUAAGAGGUAAUCUACUCGUUCCUUGGGUGGUCGGAAUGGUGGAAGAAUUGGCCUCGUUUCACUUCGAAGUCGAUGUAAAAAUGAACCUACUCACCAAACAAGAUGGAUAUGCGUCGAAAUUUAGCACUUGGAGAAUAACAGCAGUGGAUGAAGAGCAAAUAUGGAAGCUUUCUCCCAACGCGGUAGCAAAUGACUGUGAGGAUGACGAAGUCGUCGACUUUAGCGAUGUCAAGAUGCCAAACAAGUGUCUUUUCACUGGAAAGAAGCUGAGAAAAGAUAUUGACAGCACGGAGACUAUCUGCCCACAUGCCAAGGCUGAGCUGGAACGAACGACGAUAGAUGCAACUGCAUCCAUGUCCACCGAAUCGUCAACACUCACAGGUUCCAAAGAGAACCAACCUGGGCUCUCCAUGGAUACGAUGCAGGAGGUCUUUCCUUUCCACGUCAUAGUGGACAAGGAAUUCAGGAUUGUCCAAGUUGGCGAGAAACUUCCGGUGCUUUUAAAAGCCACCAACUCGCAUGAUCUGGUGGGAGUUCAUAUCAAAGACGUUCUCAAGAUCACAAGGCCAGUUCUUGGUACCUCUUGGAAUUGGAUGUCCUUGAAUAAGCUUUCGGACCAAAACUUCUUCCUCGCACCUGCAAUCGAAGACUCGAUUGCAGUUACUGGAGUUGCAACACACAUUGCAGCUGAUGGACAGCAGAGGUUUGGAAUGGGAGGAGGCGUUAUCAAGUUCAAGGCGUCCAUCGUGAAUUUGGACGGCGACAUGGUCAUGUUCACGCUCAGUCCCGAAGCUCGAAACGUUGAAGAUCUCAACAACAUGGGUCUUACACUUUCCGAUUUGCCUCUUCAUAGCUGCCAACGAGAUGCCGUCUUCCUCGGCGAAUACAUUAGACAAGAGUCUGAUAAGGCACAUGAGCUUGAUAAGCUGAGCCGAACUCUCGGAUCAGAACAGGCUCUUUCCAACACCCUUCUAUACAAUAUUCUUCCAAAACAAGUCGCGGAUGACUUGAGAAAAGGAAAGACCAUCGAACCCACAUUCCACGAGAAUGUCACUUUGUUCUUUUCCGACAUUGUUGGGUUCACCGAUCUUUGCGGUCAAGUCGAACCUUGGGACAUCAUCGAUCUAAUGAAUCAAUUGUAUUCUGUCAUGGACUUUUUGGCUGCCCGGUUCAAGCUCUAUAAGGUCGAAACCGUUGGCGACGCGUACAUGUGCUGCUCUGGUCUUCCUGAGCCGGAUCCAUACCACGCCGAGAACGUUGCAAAUUUUGCGUUGGCAGUCUUGGAAUGCGUGAAGCAUGUAAAAUCUCCUGUCACUGGAGAGCCAAUCAACCUCCGAAUUGGAAUCCAUACUGGAAGCUGUACAUCUGGUGUUGUGGGAACUUUAACGCCUCAUUACUGUCUCUUUGGAGAUAUGGUCAACGUGACGAGCCGCCACGAGUCGACUGGUGCCGCGGGGAAGAUUCACGCCUCGAAUUAUCUGUAUGGUCGACUCACGCACUUUUCCCAGUCCGACAACCAAGAAUUCCGCUUCAAAGCAAGAGGUCUUGUCGACAUGAAAGGAAAGGGAGAACACUAUACGUACUGGCUGGAGAGCGGUACCGAACACAACACUUCGGCGAAUCCUACUGCUCUUGAAGCUCUGUCUCAAGAUGUAGAAGCAAUGAUAUCCUCCGAAAAAUGGAAGAUGCGAAGGUAUUUCAAACCUGGAGGUAUUUUCAAACAGGAGGGUGCGUUGGGAAAAGUUCUUCCAGACAACACUGUAGACCACCCCCAAGUCAAACCUAGAAGGUCCGGUGGCAUCUCUGAGAGAGAAACGGGCCCUGUUCAAAGAGAUAGUGAUAUUGAAAAAGAUGAUAUUGAAAAAGAUGAUCUCCAAGCGGACUCCAUUGAUGUAGACUUGAAAGAGAACCAAGUUGAUUUUUUUGGCAAGAGCUGGGAGGACCUUCAAUGGGACGAGUGCUCCAAGAAUGCCUUACAAGGAAAGAUCUUCGAUAUUCUGCUGAAUGUCCUGCAACUUUGCGUUGGAAAGGGAGGCGCACGGCUCAAUGUGAUCACUGAUCAGCUGAAAAAGUAUGUCAAAACCAUUGCGGACCUUUACAGUGAAGAUAACUCAUUCCACAGCUUUACGCUCGCAUCAGAAGUCGUCCUUCGCGCAAACUUCAUCUGGGAGACUUGGGCUACCGAUGUGAGCUCGGACCCAUGGGAUCACUUCAUGUUAUUGUUUGCAGCUUUGAUCCAUGGCGUUCAGCAUACUGGGGUCGAUAAUUCUCAACUUGAAGCCGCCAAGGACGAUGCGGUUUGCGCAAUAUAUCGGGGCAAACAAGCAUACCAACAGAGAAUUUCUUUUGAUUGUGCGUUUGAAAAGUUCGAAGAUGACUUCGAGGAGCUUUGCGAAGAGAUUGUCUUUGGAUGCCCCAACUUCCGAGCUUCCGUCAAGAAAUUAGUAGUCAACUUCACAGACUUGGAAUCAGGGGAAAGCAUAAGUUCGAUGGCUGGAAAUUUCGAGGAGAUCACAGCCAAGACUCCAUACACUCAGCGCGUAUUGAAGAAGCAACGCGAAGCCAAGGUUGGUUUGGUUCUUGCCAUGUCAACUAUAGGCCACUAUGCCCAAUCGUAUGUGACAUUCUUGAAGUGGAAUGACCUCAACUUCCGCGAGCAUCUCAAGGCACACCACUCUGGUCGCUCUGAAGACCCACGCACUAGUUGGUACUUCGAGCAGCACACGUUCCUUUCGGAUGCUCUCGUGCCACUUGUGAAACUGGUAGGGAUAGUCCUUCCAAAGGCAACCUAUCUUGGAGGCUGUGUUAUGCGCAACCUUGAGCAAUGGCGAAGAAACGGACGUGAUAGACUCGCCGCAAGUCUUAUCCCGACUGCUACUGUUGAAGAUUAUCGAGGAGAAAAACUUUCGUUGGACCGAAUGGGUGCACUUGUCGCUGCGAAUGUUGAUAUGUUGGAAGGUCUUGUGAAGGACAUUGUUGGUUGCCAUGUCGAUAACAGAAUUAGAGUCAGUGCUGCUGAAGAAGCCUUCACACCAAAAACUCCCGAUCUUCCACGACAAGUUCACUCAGAACUCCGAAAAUUUGUCAUUGUUGCUGCAUCUGGCUAUGAAUCGAACGACUUUCACAACUUCCAACACGCCAGCCACGUUGCCCAUAUCGCCAACAUUCUUGUAAAUGGCAUCAAUGGUAUCGACGGUAGCAAGGAUGGAUCUCGAAUUGCCUGCGAUCCACUGGCUCGUUUCGCGAUUGUUCUUUCUGCCUUGAUCCAUGAUGUUGGGCACUCUGGUGUUCCAAACAAACAGCUCGCCGUCGAACACCCAAAGUUGGCCGAGAAGUACUCGAACAAGAGUAUCGCUGAGCAGAACUCGAUCGAUAUUGCUUGGAAAAUGUUAAAUUUGGAUUGCUUUGCGCAUCUUCAGGACUGCAUCUUUGAAAACGAUGGGGAGCGCGAACGCCUUCGCAAGCUUCUCGUUCAUUGCGUCAUGGCCACUGAUAUUUUUGACAAGGAUCUUCGCUCCAUUCGGAAGAUCCAAUGGGACAAGGCCUACUGUAACAAUAAGCUACUCCCAUCCGACGCAGAAGAAAAGGACUUGAAGACAACCAUCGUGAUUGAUCACAUCAUGCAAGUAUCAGAUGUUGCACAUACCAUGCAAGAUUGGGAGCUCUAUCGCCAGUGGAACGAGAAUCUGUUUCUGGAAGUGUACCAAGCUUUUUUGGAUGGCAGAUCUGACGAAGAUCCAACUGCAGGAUGGUACAGUGGCGAGAUUUGGUUCUUUGAUAAUUGGGUCGUUCCUCUUGCCACAAACCUCAAGGCCUGCGGUGUCUUGGAUAUUGUUGGGGAGGAACUUGUCAAGCGAGCCAAAAGCAACCGCAACCGUUGGGAAACGGAAGGAAAGGACAUCUGUGAAGCCAUGUUCAAAUCUGCCAAAGCGAAGGUGGUCUUGCGCAGCUCUCAUAACAUAAGAUCAGUCUCCCCCAAACACCCGACCGAGUCUGAAAUCAUCAUGACUUCCGCAAUGGUGAAUGAUGUCGAGUGCUUGUCCAAGGUUGUCCGACGAUACGAACGCAAGUUGGAAGCCGCCUGUGGAAAUCUCAUUGCUGUCGCUUACAAGGGCGGUCCAGACGGCAAGGAGCUUCGCAAAAAAUCAUGGGAAGCGAUUCAUAGUCACUUCAAACAACAAGAGUGGUACAAGAUGUACUCUGAGGAUGAGCUCAGUGUCGAUGGAAGCCUACCAAGUUUCAAGAACAACAAGAGCAAAGAUGCUUCGCACAUCGUUCGUUCACGCAAGCUGGGUCUAGUCACCUUUAUUAGCAGCAGUCAGGAAGGGCCGGAAGAGGACGAUGAUGUUUCGUCCAUCGGUAGCAUUGUCUCUGGCUUGCGCAGCCAACUCAUGGUUGCUGAGAACAUCAUUGCCUCCUGA